GACAGACGAAAACAAAUUUACUGAAAUUGAGGUUAAGUUUUCUAGUGCUCUUAAAUUACGUUCUUUAUCUUUUGUAAACAAUUUUUUUGUUAUAAUUGUUUAUUUAUUUUAUUUGUUGGAAUAUAAUUUUUCAAUUAUCAAUCUAGAAAAAUGGAUUUUCUAACCUCAGUAAUUUAAAUAUUGAGUUUGACAACUUAACAUACGAAAAGCACGAAAAUUAAUGACGUGCCAAUGAAUGCAAUGAAUAAAUGGAAUAAAUGAAUAAAUCAUCAACUUUUAUUUAAUAUUAAUAUUAUUAAUAAAAAAAGAAGCAAUGGCAGCAUUAAUAAAAAAGAGAGCUUUGGCGGAAUUUACGCAAAGCCAAGUUAUUAACGAACCACCAGUAAAGAGGCUGAAAACACUACGUCUUUCCUUGAGUGGAUCGAGUAGAAAUGGUUCAAGUGUCAAUGGCAGUUCUGUUCUUGUUUAUAUUGAAUGUCUGGAGAAAUGUAAAGGUGGAAAUGAUGCUCUACAACUACUCGUGAGAAUAUCCGAUAUUCUUUCGCAAAUGAUUUCCGACGAUGUGCCAACAGCUGUGAAAAAACUAGUCGAGAGAUUUACAAUUGAACAAGAAGCUGCUGUAAGAACAAAAAUACUCUGGGUUUUCGCUGAACUCGGCGAAGUUACUAACGAUCCUGCCGAAAAGGCGAGAAUUAUCAACGAAACGGCGAAUCUCUUAAAAAAUGAGGAAUCACAUCGAGUCAAGAGUCAAGGACUCGCAACAUUGUUGAAACUCGGCAGUUUUAAUCAAACCGCAGUUUUGAAAAUUGCUCGGGAACAUUUACCGGACACUUGGCACGGAGUGCAGACGAGAUGCCUGAUGAUAAUUGGAAGAUAUCUCUCUGCAAAUGUAUCGGACGACACUUUAUCACUGGUGGGAAAUUAUGCGAGAUCGCAGGAUCCAAGGGUACGAGCUCAAGCCUUCGAGUCAAUGGCAGAACUUCAUUCGCACAGGGGUUGUCGAUUACCUGCGACUUUCUUUUCGGAAGCUUGCGGAGCACUGAAGGACGAUUACGAAAUUGUUCGUCGUGCCGUUUUGAAAUUAAUCUGGCUCCUGGGGAACGAAUAUCCCGAUCAAAUGAUUCCCGAACAAGAGGGAGAGGAAAUUCGAAUGAUUGACAGUGCCUUUUCGAAAAUAUGUGGAUUAAUGGGGGAUUUAUCGCCUCGUGUUCGUGCCUCAGCUAUGUCUUUAUUAGGAUCAAUGAAAGGAGUUUCUCGACGUUAUAUUGAGCAGGCCUUGGAUAAAAAGCCAAAAACGGUCGAGGACGAAAGCUCGGAAGUUGAGGAAAGAAGCGGUUCGUGCGGUGCAUUCAUUCAUGGUUUAGAAGAUGAAUAUUUAGAGGUGAGAACAGCGGCCGUGGAAUCGUUAUGUGCUCUGUCAUUGGAGCAACCCUGUAUCGCUUGUGUUUCCCUCGACUUUAUGGUCGAUAUGUUUAACGAUGAAAUUCAGGAUGUACGAUUAAAAGCCAUUGAAUCGUUGAGAAAAAUGUCAGCGAGCGUGACACUGCGGGAGGAUCAGUUGCAAACGAUUUUAGGAGCUUUAGAAGAUUUUUCCGGCGAAGUACGAGAGGGUUUACAUGCAACAUUAGGAGCGAGUCGUCUGGCAACGCGAAACUGUCUUCAAAUGUGUGUCACGAGACUUUUGGAAAAUUUAACGAGAUAUCCACAGGACAAGGAGAGUAUAAGGAGUUGUCUAGCUGAACUUGGAGCUUCUCAUCCUUACCUAACUCUGCCACUGGUACCGCAAAUGCUGGGUAGACAUCCGUUUUUCGAUACUCCAGAACCUGAUGUCGACGAUCCUCUCUAUGCGAGUACAUUGGUUUUAAUUUUCAAUGCAGCGCUGCAUUGUCCGAGUAUGCACGCCUUAUUCACAGAACAUGCGGCUAAACACUAUUUAUAUUUACGUGACACAAUGCCACAUUUGGUGCCCCGAUUGACUCCCGUUUUAAUCAAGAGACUAGGCUUUGGAAAAGAGGAAAUGGAAGAAGAAUCUAGAGAUCGUCGCGGAAGGGAAUUUCUCGAGAGAAUGGUCACUGGAAUAGAAAGAGCAAAACCAGGAGGAAAAGUCUACACGCAACUUUUGGAGGCUGCUUCCGUUGAUGUUGAACGAUUAGCCGAAAUGGAUCGUCAAAUGGAAGGAGCCGCUACAUUCACCGCUUUAUACAUUAAAUGUCUCCUUCUAAUUCGAUCGAUAAUCAAAGAUUUCUCUCAAUCAACUCUACCAUCGUCAAAAUCCGGUUCAAACACUUCGAGCAAUAUUUCCCUUCUUCUUCAACACGCGCAAAAAUUACAGAGAUUAUUCUCAGGUCUGAGUGAAGUCGACAUGGCGUUAGCUUCCGACGUCUGGUUAAAAGCCCUGGCAAUAGAUUUGGUCCGUGUCACCAGAAGCGCGACAGGAAGUGCCCUCCCAUUGACAAGGCAAUUUCUCUCCGAAGCAGACGCUCUUCCACAGGACACAAUGAAACUACCACCAUUUUCCAAGUCUCUAGUAAUUCAAUUGCCAGCUCUCGGUGAAGUGAAACCCGGCCCACUGACGCGACUACUCAUGCCUCUGCUGUUAACACCUCUUCAAAUUGGUGACGAAAGACUUCCUAGACCUUCGGCAUCGACGAGAUUUUGCCGAGCAAUCAUCGAAGAACCACGUGGCGAUGCUGAUUCAGCUUUGAAAUUCACCGGCGGUCUUCUACUCGGUAUACCAAUGACGGCAAAAAUUCACAAUCUUCGCGAUCCAAGUACAUUGAGAAUAAAAUUACGACAUCCCGAUCAACAGGUGCAAUUGCUAUUGCCAAGAAAAACCGAUCUCAAGGAACAAAAUAGUGAACUUAAAGACUAUCGAUUACGAACGACUGUUCUAUUUUCCCAUCAAGUUUGGAUGGAAGCGUGUAACGUUGAAAUUUCCCUAGCUUUAAUUGCCCCAUCAUCGACAAUGUGCACCCAUUCACCUCAAGACGAUCCCUGUGUUAUUGAUUUAUGUAAACCAAUUAAAGUGUCAAUUUCACCAAAGGCUAUUAAACGGGGAAUUUAACUUCAAUUUUUUGCAAUUUUUUGCAAAAAAAGAAAAAAAAAUGUUAAAUGAAAUUUAAUGCUAAUAAAAAAAAAUUCUACUUUGUUAUUUUUCGAAACAAAAAGAAAAAAAUAAAGAAAACUUA